AUGAUACACACAAAAUUCAAUACAACGAGUACGAUAAGCAUUAGGCGGGACAAACCGGGAGGAGACUGUCUAUCAAAAAACACGGAUACCAGCUUGAAAGCAGAAGACACGAUCAACCGCCACUACAUAUCGAUUGGUGCAGACGAUAGCUCAAGUGAGGACAGGAAAAAAUCGUCUAACUGUAGCACCCUUUCGGUGCCCAACUGCCAUGCCACCAGAAGGAAGUUGCUCAAGCCUAGACAGGGAAAGUCGAGAGGCAGAGGUCGGGUUCGAACCACGGACCUUCCGAACGGUAAAUUGAGCCAUCUCGCCCUCGAGAACAAGAACACGUCGCGCGUUUACGAAGGUUUGGUGACGCAGCGAAAAACUUCUCACCUAAGUCCUUUUAAUUCAUUUGGUCGUCAAAUAUCUAACAGUUGCCCCGUAUCUGGGCUUGUGCCCACUAGAAUGAGUCAAAACAAACCCUUAUUAUACUCAGCUGGUCUAAAAAAUAAUAAUAAAAAGGAGCACGAGGGCUGGGAUACAGCCAGGUUGCCCAAGCCUAGACAGGGAAAAUCGAGAGACAGAGGUCGGGUUCGAACCACGGAUCUUUCUAUCAAUAAAUUCGCGCUCUAA